AUUUUAAUAUGGCGCCGACAAUAUCGGCGAUUACAGAACAGCGAAGAGAAAAUGUGAAAUAACAGAUUUUUACCAGAAUAAGUGAGUUUUUCUGUGAGUGUACGGAAGCAUGAGGCUAGCUUUCAGAGUGCUGAGACAGUUUGAGGGGAAAACGCGGCUCGGCCCGGUAGUUUGGGUCAGAUCUGUGUCGGACAGUCCACCUUUGCGCGGUGUUGUGAACGAUAAUAAGGACAUUAAGGGGGUUAAAGGAGAGCAGAGCUGGCUGUGUGCGUCCUCUGUACCUGUUUUACAGACAGUGCGGGGACACGUCGAGGUGAGAGAAAACUUCAUCACAGAGGAAGAGGAGAACGCCCUUCUCAAAGAGCUAGAACCAGGACUGAAGAAGAAGAGAUAUGAGUUCGACCACUGGGAUGACGCCAUUCAUGGUUAUAGAGAGACGGAGCGGUUGCAGUGGGGGAGUGCAUGCGCUGCAUUGUUGGGCCGUGUUAGAGCCGUUGCCUUUCCAGAAGGAAGUCCUCUGCUGGGGCCUGUGCACGUCUUGGACCUCGACAAGGCCGGCUACAUCAAACCUCAUGUGGACAGUGUAAAGUUCUGCGGAAGCACCAUUGCUGGGCUCUGUCUGUUAUCUGACAGUGUCAUGCGGUUGGUCCGAGAGGAGAACCCAGCGGAUUGGGUGGAUUUGCUUCUAAGUCGUCGUUCUCUCUACAUCUUGAGGGAUGAAGCACGCUUUAAAUUCACGCAUGAGAUCCUGAAGGACGAAGAUUCUUUUUUCUCAGGACAGAGGGUCCCUCGCCAUCGCCGUAUCUCUGUUAUUUGCAGGAACCUUCCUGUUUAGAUAUUCAGGUGGAGGACUUUAAGCUGCCACACUGGUUUGGGAGACAUCUGAUGGACGGUCCCACUUUGUCUGGCUUAUAUAUAAAAGUUUUGGUAUUAUUUUAGGCCAAUAAAUUCUCACUUGUUCAAGAUUGUGCUGCAAGGUAGUACUCAGUGUUACAAAAACACUUUGAUAAAAUGUGACUUGCAAAGAC